UUUACAUCGUACACAUAGGCGCUGCGCUGCUAUACUAUAAUGUAUAUCGUCGACAUUAUAAGCUCUGUGGGCAAUUUGAAAAGAAAAACUUUUAAUCGUUAAUCAGCCGCUCGGUUGUACGGACUGAAUUUUUUUUAUCAAUUCCUGGACGUUUUGGUUUAUUCUGUACGGACAUAACUCGAUACUCAGACGUGUUUUUAGACAAAGUGCUCAAUGAUGAUAUUAUAGUUGUUAAUAAAUCGGUGCAAAGUGUCAGUGCAAUAGAAUCGUUAUAAGCAAUUUAAAACGACAAAAUAAAAAAAUAAAUUAAAUCAAUGAAUGAACUCUCGGCGUAGUUAAAUAAAUGCAAAUAAAACGACGGCAACAAUCAAAAUUAAUUCUUUUAUAAAAACAAAAAAACCAAAAAAUUAAUUCGAUGAAAGUGAAUCGUUCCGUUAACACACAGAGUGAUCGUAUAAUGUGACUUGAGAGUGAGAAUUUUUUUUUCGAAUUGAUUAAUUGAAGCGGAAAUAUUCUCCGUUUUUUAUUUUGUUUUGAUGAAUAAUUUGAAGUUUUAAGAGGUGAAGAAGUACUUAAAGUGUCAUCGGUACAAAUAUUGACUUUUUGUCGUUGGAAUAAAAGACAAAUAAAGCAGAACAGUGAACUCAUUGACCGGACCUAUAUAAGCACACAGAGAUUCAAAUCGUCGAUUCAGCUGAACGGAAAGUGAAUGCACUCUGGUUUUAAAACAACGACACACAAGUGUGUAGUGUACGUAUACCUACUCUAGUCAUACUGUUUGCUGUUCAAAAUUUUUAUUUGCUCUCAAUUUUCGUUUUGUGAACUUAAAUAUUUAUAGUUUAAAAAUCAAGUGCAAUGACAUGCUUGUUAAUAAAAUAGAACUAAAUAUAUGAGCGAACUAUUUACUUACUUUACAUAUCGCAAUACACACAAGUAUAUGAGUGACGAUCGGUUCAUUCAGUAAGUUACAGCAAUCACGACAAGUACACUCUCGAUAUUGCAUUUUGACAAUAUGGAAUUCGUUCAGCAAAAUAGCCAAGCACAAAUUGCAUUGGCCGCCCUGUCUUCGGCCGAUCACAACGACGACAAAGUGUACCGAACGACCACCAUACCGAUAAACAACAAUCGCGGUGAAUUGUUGAAAAAUGAUCGAUCACCAUCGAGCCAUCAUCGGGAUGGGAAUGGUGAAAACGGUGUAAGCAAACCGCCGCAAUUUUCCAAUCUACCGUCGCGGGAACCCAUUGACUUACAGUUCAAAAAUGUUGUGUACACAGUCAAUCUGGGAUUUCGAAAAGGAAGGAAGGAAAUUCUUCAUCGCAUCAAUGGAAAAUUUCCUGGAUCACAGUUGACAGCUAUUAUGGGACCAUCAGGCGCUGGAAAAUCAACAUUACUUGAUGUGUUAUCUGGCUACAGAAAAACUGGAGUUACCGGUUCUGUGUACGUUAAUGGACGAAUACGCAAUUUAGAGACAUUCCGUAAAAUGUCUUGUUACAUAACACAAGACGACAGACUACAGCCGCUACUGACGGUACUAGAAAAUAUGCAGAUCGCUGCCGAUUUUAAACUGGGCAGCCAUAUGAAAUCACAUGAAAAAGCCGAAAGGAUAGAAGAGAUUCUAACUGUUUUGGGACUGUACGAGCAUCAAAUGACAUUAUCUGGCCGAUUGUCUGGUGGCCAAAAAAAAAGACUAUCAAUAGCACUGGAGUUAAUUAGCAAUCCAACGGUUAUGUUUCUGGAUGAACCGACAACAGGUCUGGACAGUCACUCGUGCACACAAGUUGUUAAUCUUCUGCGGUAUCUAGCGAGUCAAGGACGCACCAUCAUUUGUACAAUUCAUCAGCCAUCUGCUAAGCUAUUCCAGGAGUUCGAACAGGUCUACGUUCUUUCUCAAGGGGAAUGUCUUUAUCAAGGAAGUGCCAACAAAAUUGUACCAUACUUGCAAUCUGUGGAACUACCUUGUCCCAAGUACCACAAUCCGGCGGAUUACAUUAUCGAAUUAGCAUGUGGAGAGUAUGGAAAUGACAAAAUUAGUCUAAUGGUACAGAGUAUGGAAAAUGGGGAAUGCAUCCAAUGGCUGAAUGAUCCGUCUGCCAUUAUGAAAUUGGAAGACUUACGAAAAAUGUAUCCACUGUCGACGAACUCAAAGGAAAACAAUGCAUUGGAGGCUACUAGUGCGUUUAAUCAAUUGAAAAUAUUGAUGAAACGCGGUUUUCUAAAGAUGGGCAGAGACACCACAUUGACGCAUCUGAGAAUUGGUGUAAAUGUUUUCGUUGCCUUGAUGCUGGGUUGCCUAUUCAUUAAAGCUGGCAAUGAAGGAUCUCGAGUCCUGGACAAUUACAAUUUACUCUUUGCUAUUUUAAUUCAUCAGGGUAUGACAACCAUGAUGUUGACAGUGUUGACUUUUCCCAUGGAGCUGUCGAUUCUCCUCAAAGAGCACUUCAAUCGAUGGUAUUCGCUGAAAAUGUAUUACACAUCUGUGACACUCGUAGACGUUCCCCUUUCCAUUUUAUGUUGCAUAAUAUUCACCGUUAUGAUUUAUGUACUGAGCGGACAACCGAUGGAACUUUCCCGCUUUGCCAUGUUCUUCGCUAUCAGUCUGAUGCUGGACUUUGUUGGCCAAACAAUGGGACUGUGUGUCGGCGCUUGGUUCGAUGUAGUAAACGGAACCUUCUUGGCACCGACCUUAUCCAUUCCAAUGAUGAUGUUUGCCGGUUUUGGCGUUACACUGCGUGACAUUCCAAGCUAUAUGAAAUGGGGCACAUACAUAUCGUACAUGCGAUACGGUUUGGAAGGAUAUGUGGGAGCGAUUUACGGCAACGACAGAGAAAAAUUAGAAUGUGACGAGGCGAUGUACUGUCACUACGUAAAGCCCAAAAAAUUUUUGGCGGAAAUUACGAUGGAAGGCGAUCAGUUUUGGUACGAUUUGGUUGCGCUGUUGAUCAUCUUUGUGUUCUUCCGAGUGUGCGCAUAUCUUGUGCUACGGUGGAAAGUUAUAUCUGUGCGGUAAAAGAGUGAGCGUGUGUGCGUGCGGUCGGGUUCAUUAAUUAAUUGUUUUUAGACUGAAAUUGUUUAAAGAAAAGAGGCGGGAAAAAAUGUAACAAAAUGACAGGAUCGUACCUUUUGAUUUAAUGUAAUCACGGCAGAGUAAAACCAGGCAGGAUGUAAUUAGUUUGAAAAUAUUCAAUGCUGUGUAAACUGACAAUAAUUUUUUUUAAAGAUAGAAAGACCGGUGUACAUACCCUUAACGAUAAACGAUCAAUAAUUUUAACGAAAUUUAAUGAAUAAUUUUUUUAGAACAAAAAAGGUGCAAUUGUCGUAUAAGUAAACAUUUUUUCGAUAUAUGUUCGAUGGUUGCAUUGACUUUACCAAAAACGUUUUUUUUUACCCUAGCGUAGACCAAUUGAGUGAAAAACCAAAAUUUCCAAUUUUUUUGCUGUAAAUACUUUGAUGGGUUCGUUUUAUAUUUUUAAUAUUAAAAUUGAAAUACUGGACAUGUAGCGUAAUGUAUUUUUACACCAAACGUUUAUCUGCCAAUGAAAUUUUUAUACAAAAAAAAAAAAAAUUAAAAUAAAAAGACCAUCGCAGUCA